AUGGCGGGGGAUGGCGGAGGGAAAAAGGCGAGAAACAAGAAGAGGAGCAAGAGGAAGAUGACGUCUGAGCAAGCUUUGGCCUCCAAGUAUAUCCUUGACUGGGCGUUCCCCCCCGACUGUGGCGACGGAGACUUCCUGCCUCAGCCCAGGGCUGUGGCGCCGCGGGAUGAGAGGAUGCUGUUCGAGCUCCACUGUCACUCCAACUGCAGCGAUGGUUACCUUUCCCCUAAGGCCGUCGUGGAGCGCGCCCAUCGGAACGGGGUGAGUCCUGGGUAGAAAGACGCUCCCCCCUCUGAUAAAUUCCGACCUUCCCCCUGGCGAUUCAUGUCUGUGGCGCGCAGUUUGACCAUUUUACUUCCGACUGGUCAUGUUCUCCCUUUCCUUCGCUUGUCAUUUUUAUUUUUAUGUGUAUUUCUCUCCACAGGUUCGAUGAAUGUGCUGGUUUCACAGAGAUUGUCUGUGAAGCCAUGGGAUGAAUCUGAGGGUUUCCACUUUAGCGAGUUCCUCUCUUCUGAAUAAUCAUGCCAUUAAAAUUUUAGGGGCUUCAACAUCUGCAGGCGGAUGUGCCCUGGCUGAACAACUCCUUUUUAGAUUUCCAGUAUGCUUGCACACAUCCACCUUCACAAAUCCGAACUCUCUUCCUUCUUUCAAAGAGGUAUGUCAGGGACGCAUGUGAUUGGAUUCUUCUGUGACUCGUUCAAAGCCAGUUUCCAUCACCUCAUAAUGGAGAGGGAGGAGUUGGUUGGAGGAAGAUCCCGUGGAUAUCUUGUACAGGACACUAGGAAGUACGGUUCUUUUUAAUUUCCCCCCCUUCCCUGGCAUAGUGGGACACUGAUGAUCCUUAAAUAAUCUUCAAAAUCAGGCCGUAUCUUUCAUUCUUUCAUGGAUUCACUGACCCAAGGUGUCAUCAAAGAAAGAAUCUCUUCUUUAUUUGACAUACCUAUUAUGAGCGAAAGUCACAUAAGGUUGAAUGUAGGAUCCCUGUUCCUUGUUAAGACGGUGAUUUCAUGGAAAUGAGCAUGGACCCAGGGCAAGUAUCUCUCUAGCCCACGCAGAGAUAUCACGAAUUCUUCGUAGUUUGUUUCUGAAGAUAACGCGAAAUCCCUUGGACAUUGUUUAUGCCAUGCUUAUGAGUGUAUUUUAUGCAUGUUAUGGGCACAGUUCCCACUCAUAUCUAGCUCAUUUUUAGUUGAAUGAUCUGACGCCUACACUGGCUUUAGAACUAGAUUUCAUCCCAAGUGUGUCUUCCAGUCCUGUUAUUCAUGUGGUAGAUGCAUCAAGAUAUCGUCCUACAUGUGAUGAAGCUUGCUAGAAUAGUCUCACAUGGAAUAUUGAAACCUAAAACCUAUGGCAGAAAGUUACUUGAUCCUACUUAUUGGCGGUUGAUCUUGAGUUUGAUGAUCGUAUUCUUUCACUCUCUGUCAAUACUGUUAAUUCUUCUGCUCAUUUAUGGGUUAGAUGGGGAUGGGGAAUGUGACAAUCCAUAUGCCAUGCGCUUGUGCAGGUGAAGGUACUCGCUUUAACAGACCAUGACACCAUGGACGGAGUACCUGAGGCCUCAGCAAUGGCGCGAAAGCUUGGUAUCAGACUAAUACCGGGAGUUGAAAUAAGCUCUAUCUUCUCAGCCAGGUACCCUUUGAAUCUCUUCUGGUUGCAUGAAUGAUCCACUACUAAAAAAAUUCUUUCAUAAGAGCUUAUGCUCUUCUAAUCACAAAGACAUGAACCGUCGUCCAUCUUGUUCACUGUUUGAAACAUGGGCAUUUGGACGGGAAAGUUCUGGAGCUGAGGAGCCCGUUCAUGUCCUAGCAUAUUACAGCAGUUGUGGUCCCUCUCGAUGCGAGGAACUGGAGAGGACUCUGUCCAGUAUCAGGGCUGGCCGUUAUGUUCGGGCGAGGAAUAUGCUGUUGAAACUGAGAGAACUCAAAAUGCCACUAAAGUGGGAGCAUCUCAUUAAGAUAGCUGGCGAUGGCGUAGCACCGGGGAGGCUCCAUGUUGCCCGUGCCAUGGUUGAAGCUGGCUAUGUAGAGGACCUGAAGCAGGCUUUCAGCCGGUAUCUCUAUGAUGGCGGGCCAGCAUACGCAACGUAAGAACACAGAUGCUGCUAACCGAGGGUCCUUUCUUAUGGUUUCUAAGGAAAAUCUAUGCUGUAACGUGCAAUUCUGCUGUUGAUUGGAUGCAGCGGCAGUGAGCCGCUAGCAGAAGAAGUUGUGAAGUUGAUUUGCUGCACAGGGGGCGUUGCGGCUCUAGCUCACCCGUGGGCUUUAAAGAACCCUGUUUCUGUUAUCAGGAGCCUCAAGGCUGCUGGUCUUCACGCCAUGGAGGUUUACAGAGGGGAUGGAAAGUUGGCAGGUGCUGCUCCUCCCUUGAAGAGACUCCCACUUCGUUUUAUUUUUUUUCUUUUCAGUGCUAAUUACAGGCAAAUUCUUCGGCAGUGUUCAGUGACUUAGCAGAUGCUCAGGGGCUCUUGAAGAUUGGCGGAUCAGAUUACCAUGGGAGACGGACCCAGCUGGAAACUGAUCUCGGGGGUGCCAAUCUCCCGGCCGUGGCCACGCACAAGUUCCUGAAGCUGGCUCGCCCCAUCUGGCUCGAUGCCAUUAAAGAUGCUUUCAGAAGCUAUGCCGAAGAACCUUCCUGUGCAAAUCUUGAAAGACUGUGGGGAUUUGGCGAUGCAAAUUACAAGGCCAAGAUGGCCAUGAUGAGCCCUGGAGAGAUCGUCAAACUUUCCCUGGCCUCGUGGUUGACCCCCGAAGAAAGUGAAUGUGCUGAGCUUGAGGAUCUAAGAUUGAAGCUCUCAGAUGUCUUCAUAAGGGAAGACUUUGAGAUUCCUAUUAUGGGUUGA